AUGCAAUCGGGCAUCCUUCCAGACCUUUCAUUAUUCAAUAUACGUUGUUUGUAUAAGAUUAUUACUCUGCAACACAGAUCGAAGUCGGAGGCUUUAUUCAAUGACAGGAAUCCUGUGAAACGAUUCUCUCUCUCUCUCUCUCUCUCUCUCUCUCUCUCUCUCUCUCUCUCUCUCUCUCUCAUCCCGUCUUCUUCUCUUGUAUAUAAUUUCGCGACACUCUUCGUGGUUGAAGUUGGAGGUCUUCGUCAGGCAGGAGUGACGUGGCAUCAGGCGAAGCAGUCGUCAGCAGCUCAAUCUAUCUUCUCUCCCGUUUUCGCCCUUCGUCUCCGUUUUCUCUGCAAACGUUCUGCUUUUUAUGGGCCCCAGCUCCAGCCUGGAGAAUGUUAUCUCGUUCCACAGGUAGAGAACACAGGCCUGGCUCCUCCCGCUUCCUUAAAGACAUAUCUCCCACCAGCGUUUCUGAUUGGCAGAGACCACUCUCUCUUCCAUCCACCUGAAACCAACACUAUGAACCUCCCUUCAGUCAGAGUUUUAUACUGGUACUUCCACAUACUUUCAGUUAUUCUUCCGAUCUUUAAUGAUCUAACUGCUGAAGCCAUAAGAAUGUUCUUCCUUUGGGAUUUUACCAACCAGGAAGAGAUAUUCUAA